AUGCCACUCUCCGAGGCACCGCUCAAUCUAGGCCGUUGGUUGCUCGAACCUGAAAUGUUUUCGGACGUCGCAGUCAAGUGUGGCGCAUCGACUUGGAAGCUUCAUAAAUCCCACCUCUGCAGCAAGUCUCACUGGUUUAGAACUGCACUGACUGGAGGAUUUAAGGAGGCACAAACUAGUGUCAUCACUAUCGAUGAGAGUGACCCCGAGCUCCUUUUCGUAGCGAUCACAUGGAUGUACACAGGAGAGCUGGACUCCGAGGUCUUCGAGAACGGAGAUGAGGCUUUCGCAGCACUUUUGAAGCUUUACGAGACCGCGGACUUCUUCCUUAUCCCCGAGCUAAGAGACAGCGCUAUAACCCGAACAAAGAUGCUCCUGCGAGAGAGAGCUAUAGCGAUCCAGAAUCGUUUUUGCACUAUAAUUGGGUCCGGAUUUCACUUUCUCGCGGUGGGCGGGGAGGACACCACAGGUCUACUGGAAGGGGUCAGGCUUGCCUACGAGUCCGAAAUUGAGGCACUGGGGGUUCUUUGGGUCCAAUUUGUGAAGGCAACAAUGUUUUGGGUUCUUACUAACGACGAUUUCUUCGCUCUCUGCACCGAGAUUCCUAGAUUCGGACUUAAGGUUCUCGUAGCGCUUCGAGAUACAAAUCUCACGCGUGGCGGUUUGCUCCAUAACGCGUCCCACGAUCACUUUGGUUGCAUAGAUUGCCAUAGUGAUCCUUUUCGUCGGUCUGGUGGUCACUAUGUUAGUCUCAGUUAUAGGCAAGAAGGUUCGGCUAUUAUCCCUCUUGGCGGGCAUUGCAACCAUUGUCGCGACGAUUGCGAAUUGUUUGAGUAA